AUGAUAGUGGCGUGGUUAACCAAACUCUCACAGAACAUGAUUCUGGGAGAGAAUGCCAGGGGAAUGGAGGAAAAGUACCUUGGUUCAAAAACUGCAACAAUUACAGAGAAAGAAGGAAGAAGGACAACAGGUGCAAUAUUCGCCUUGAGAAUGGCAAAGGAAAAGCUCAGGGAAGGCGGCCAGAAAGGGUUGCAUCGUGUCUUUAUAGACCUAGUGAAAAAUGAUGACAGGGUUCCUAGAGAUGAAUUAAUGUAUUUCAUGAGAAAGUCUGGAGUGGCAGAGAAGCUCUUGAACGCGGUGAAGAAUGUGUAUGAAGAGAGCAUAAUAUCAUUAAGGUUCGUGACAGGAACGACGAAAGACUUCAGAGCGAGAGUAGGCAUGCCCCAAGGAUCAGCUCUGAGCUCUGUCUUGACUGAUGUGAUACGGAAAGUAUAA